AACAGGAAGUUUAACCCCAGUAGCGGCGAGUUUAAGUUUUUGCAAAUGACCAGUUACAGCCAUUGCUCUAAUUAUUUUGUUUAAUUUUUUCUGCCAGAUUUAUAACGAGAUAUUAGCAUUUUGCAAUCUGUUCCAACAGUUUGAACCCCUGUUAGUGAAUUGCACGUAAUGAUUUUGCCUCUCAGGUCGAUCGACGGUAGCUAAACUUCGGCUAGGCUGCUACGUAAAUGGAGUAAUGUGCAAUGUGUUUGCUGAUUUCAGGGGUAUUUGGUAACUUUCACAGUCAUUUUACUGGGGUGGUUUUUUACUCUGGUUAUGGGGUUUGUUGUGUCGUGACUGGACAAAAACGGCACAUAUAAAUGAACAAAUGGUUAUGGGUGAAAAGGAGCUCAACCUUGUUGACAAGAAUUUAUCGAGUUUGCAGGGUAUCCCUUUGACUCCUUCAGUUACAACUCUUAAUCUGCAUUGCAAUCACAUCCCAAGGAUUGAGGGUUUGGCUUCAGCCUGGCACCUGCACCAUUUAGACCUUUCCUCCAAUCGCAUUGGUAAGAUUGAGGGUCUGAGUUCCCUCACCUCCCUAAGGACUUUAAAUUUGUCCAGCAACUUAAUCACCAAGGUCGAAGGAUUGAAUGGCCUUGUGAACCUAACAAAAUUAGACCUGUCUUACAAUCAGAUAAAUAACCUCACUGGCCUGUUAUAUCUCCAUGGCACGGAGUACAAGCUGAAGCACCUUAGUCUCCAUGGCAACUACCUAGACAGCAUCGAUCAUCUCCUGCAGUGCCUGCUGGGAUUACAAGGUUUACGGGAUGUCACUAUAAGACAGGAUGGAGGAAACAACCCCUUGUGUGGUUUACCUGGUUACUGGGAGAUUGUUAUGGAGUCCCUGCCACAGAUCUCUGUUUUGGAUGGCUUGGACCGGCUGAGACAUCCAUCAUCCCCUGGUAUAAGCAGUGUCUGUGACAUUGCUGGCCUGGAGGAGUAUGUGGAUUUCCUGCUCUCCUCUGACACAAGUCACAACGAAGUGGGUAAAGGGGCUGUCACCACACCUCGCAUUGACCAGGUGCUCAACCAGUUUCGUCAGCAGAUUGCCUGUGAGGCUAACGCGGAUCCAGCUGCACACUCUGUCACACCAGCAGCCAGUCAGAGCUCCAAACCUGUUGUUACAUCUCAGGCAGAGGCAGCAGACCCCCUGAAUGAAGAGCGCAUCAGGAAACUGGAGCACCAGGUGUCCCAGCUCAUCCAGCAGGUUCCUGCUGGUGAAAAGUCCAGAGUCUCUGUGCAUCCUGUGGUGAAGUUGCGUAAAGCCAGGAGGGACACGGACCGCACCUCAGAAAGUGAGUGUGAGAGCGCCAGCGAAAUCGGGAGGCGCUCAAGGAUUCCCAGACAUCACAACAUCAUUGCAUCAAGCACCACAACUCAGGAGAGCAAAAACACCAGAUCAGACAGCGACCGGGGGAAUAAUAAACUGAUGAUUGCAAAGCCUGCUGUGGGGGCCAGGAGGAAGGCUGGUGGUGGGGGGACUGUACAGGGAGGGGGGCAAACAAGGAAAGGACCGUUGAGAGCAGCUAAGACCUUAGGCAAUGAGAAAUCCUUCCAGGAGGAAGAAACCUACAGGACUAUCGUGGAGGAGCGUGAUCAGGAAAGAGAGAGACGUUGGAAGGCAGAACAGGCAGUGCGGAAGCUGACAGAGGAGCUGAAGUGUCUUCAGACAAAAGUCAGCGAGGAAAAAGACCUUCAGAGCAUGGCUCUGCACACCACCGACAGACUGAAAGAGUUGCUGCUGAAAGAGCGGUCGGGGCGCUCUGAGCUGCAGACUCGUGUUGACGAGCUGGAAGGGAGGUGUCGGUCCCUAACCCAGCAGCUGGAACAGAGCCGCGGCAGUGAGGAGCAUCACAAAGCUGCACUGCGUAGACUGGAGGAGAGCAUUUCCCAUGGGGACGUUCUUAGGGCUCGCCAGCAGGCAGAAGAGAUGAAGCGGUACCAGGAGCUGGAGAACAAGGCAGCCGCCCUGAGGAGAGAGCUGGACAUCCAGAGAGCCUCGGCGCACCAGCACAAAGACAAACUGCAGCAGCUGCAUGAACUGCUGGCAUCCAGGGAACAAGAGCACAGAAAACAGCUGGAAUUGCGCUUACAGCCUGGUGGGGCAGAUUUCCGUGAGGCAGUGGCGAAGGAGGUUGCGUCAGUGGAGCAGAAACAUAGCCAGAGGGAGGCCGACCUGCAGGAGAAACUGUCAGAAGGCAGAAAAUUGUACGGCGCUCUCGAGGACGAGUUUCGCAUGGCGCUAACCAUCGAAGCUGCUCGCUUCUCUGAGGUGAAGGAGGUGUGUGAUCACGUGACUUCAGAGCUGAUGGAGCUUAAGGAGACCCUCGCUCAGUCCCAGCAGAGGGAGAAGAAAUCAGCCUCUCUGGUGCAGGAGCUCACCUUGAUGGUCAAAGAACAGAAGACCCGCAUCUCCGAGCUCAUCAAAGCCAAAAAAGAUGCUGUAGCAGAUCUCAAGAGCCGCCUGCAUUCCUUGGAAGCAGAGGUGGAACAGGACCGGCGUCUUGGUCUACAGCUCGAGAUGCUCAAGAAGGAAAAGGCACGACUGUUGUCUCAACUCACAGCUCAGGAGUCGGUGAUAGACGGCCUGAGGGCCGAGAGGAAGAUCUGGGGCCAGGAGCUCGCUAAUCAAGGUGCAUCAUUGGCUCAGGAUCGUGGACGUCUGGAGGCCAGGAUAGAGGUGUUGACGACUGAACUGGAGACUCAGAGGAAACAGAACGGGAGAGACCAUGAUGCCCUUAAAAUCAAAGCCAAAAUCAUGGAUGACCAGACAGAGACCAUUCGCAAACUCAAAGAGUCAUUGCAGGAGCGUGACAAUCAGAUCCGUAAGAUGAGGGAAGAGGCUGUCCAGGCCCAGAAGCGGUUCCAACAGCAGCUGGAGGGGGAAACAGCCCAGCGAGCUGAAAUGAAGGAGCAGCUGGAACAUCUGAGCCUGCGCAAAGAGGAGCUGAAACAACAGCUAGAAGACAAGGAUGCAGAGCUUGAGGAGGUCAGAGCAGCUUUCAGGCAAGUGAUCAGUCACAAAACCAGAAACAGGAAUAUAAUGCGGAGAGAAAAUAAUAUUAAUUCAAGUAAGAAGUGGCAGGAGAAGGCCGAGCUGCUCAGUCGUCUGGAGGGCCAGGUGAAGCGUACGAAGGAUAAUUUUGAUUCCAAGGAGCGCCUGCUGCUGGAGGAAAGAGAUAAAGCCACAGAAGCUCACAAAGCUGCAGUGGAGAAGUUACGCUGUGUGGACGACGCCUUUCGUCGACAGCUGGAGUGCGUUCAGGCUGCACACCAAGCGGAAUUGCUAAAGCUGGCUAAUGAAAAACAAAAAAAGAUAGAAAAAGCCAAUGAGAAGGUGUUUGAAGUAGAAGAGGAGAUGCGUCAGCUGCUUGAGGAGACUGAAGUUAGCAAAAGAGUCAUGGAAGAGAAAAUGAGACGUCUGACCACUGUAUUGAAAGACUUUAACGCAUGAAAUACUUGGAUUUCUUAACAUAUUUUCUUUUGUGCUUUUUUAAUACAAAUGUAGUUUUGUAAGUUGUUGAUCAAAUUUUCAAUAAAUUUUAGUUUUCUUUUAAAUAAA